AUGGCAGCCAAAGCCAUGGUCAUCUCAAGAAGUCCAGGGCUGGAGAGUCUACUUCGAAGUUUACUCAGGCUACUCAAAGAGCAUCUUGGAGAAAAAGAAGUUGAGUUGGCACUCAUCUUUGAUUCAGUGGUGGAGGCUGACUUGGCAAAUUAUACCUGCCAUAUGGAAAACCAAAAUGGACAAAAACAUGCCAGAAUUCUGCUGCGUAAAAAGGAUUUUAUCUACAAAAUUGAGCUUGCAGGAGGUGUGGAAAUAAUCUUCCUCCUCCUUGUACUGCUCAUGGUCAUCUACAAAUGCUACAACAUUGAACUGAUGCUCUUCUACAGCCAACAUUUUGGAGGUGAUGCAAAUACUGAUGACAACAAGGAAUAUGAUGCUUAUCUCUCUUACAUAAAAGUGGACCAAGAUACUUUAGACUGUGACGAUCCUGAAGAAGAGCAGUUUGCUAUUAAAAUACUGCCAGGUGUCCUAGAAAAACAUUAUGGAUAUCAACUCUUCAUUCCAGAAAGAGACCUGAUUCCAAGUGGAACAUACACUGAAGAUCUCACAAGAUGUGUUGAGCAAAGCAGAAGACUUACUAUUGUGCUAACUUCAGACUAUAUUCUCAGAAGAGAAUGGAAUAUGUUUGAAUUGGAAAGUAGACUCCAUAACAUGCUAAUCAGUGGAGAAAUCAAAGUGAUAUUGAUUGAGGGUACAGAAUUUAAAAAGAAGGUGAAUUUCCAGGAAGUAGAAUCACUAAAGCGCAGCAUCAAACUUCUGUCACUGAUCAAGUGGAAAGGACCCAAAAGCAGCAAAUUAAAUUCUAAGUUUUGGAAGCACUUAGUAUAUGAAAUGCCUAUCAAGAAAAAGAGGCUUUCUCAGUGUCAUGUUCUGGACUCUGCAGAACAAGGACUUUUUGCAGAACUCCAGCCUAUACUCUCUAUUGCCAUGACCAGUACCUUAGCCUCUCUGGAGUCAUCUCAAGCUGAUCUUGCUAAUUUCCACCAUUCAGGUUCAAUGCAAAUGGAACACUGCUGUAGCCAUUAUAAAUACAUGAUGCCAACCACCAUUUUUCCAAUACCUUCCUUAGGUGACAACCACGCUUAUUGUAACCUGCCUCUGACAUUACUCAGUGGACAGCUACCCCUUAAUAAUCCCCUGAAAGAUACCCAGGAAUUUCAUAGAAAGAGUUCCCUGUUACUGUUAUCAUACAAAGAGUUUAGCUUCACCAGUGAUAUUUGGUAG